UGCUAAAUGUAGCUAUGCUAGCAAACGCACACAAAACAUAAGGACUUUUAGGGUUUUUUUGUGUCUUGUAACUAUAUGUGUUGGAGUUAGCGAGACAUUUAAAUCAGUGACAUGUUUACAUAAGUUUAUCAUUAAUAAUUUAAUAAGAAGCGUACUUUUGUGUUUUGAUUUUAACGAUCAUUUAGGAACGAAUGUACACCGGAACCAUGUGUGGAGGGGAAACAAGGCGGACCUUAAAAGUGUUGCACGCCGAGAUGUAAACAACAGAAGAAAACGGUUAAUUCUAAAUUAUUUGCGGUUGCCUCGCGCCUUUAUAGUAUUAUAACAGUUGUUUUUAAAGUAAUUCCGUAAUGGUUAGUUUUAAGGACAUUUGAGUCGCUGAAUCGGGUUUUCUCCGUUCAAAAAUGAUUUACCAGAUUCCCUGGAUUUACACGCCGGUGCGGUCCGUCCUCGCAGUCUGGCACCAGCUGACCAAAACUGAGAUGCCGGAGCUUUCUAAAGGCUCUGUGAUGAUGAGGGACCGCCGCAGAGUGGAGGAAACCAUCCGGGCCAUGAGGCGAGCCGGCGCAGGCCGCCUGCAGGUCAUCUCAGACUUUGACAUGACGCUGAGCAGAUUUGCUCACAACGGAAGGAGAGUUCCCACCACACACAACAUUCUGGACAACCGGUUGUUGAUAGACGAAGAGUGUACUAUAAAGAUGAAGGAGCUGUUGAACACGUAUUAUCCAAUAGAAAUUGAUGCGAGCCGAAGUGCAAAAGAGAAGCUGCCUCAUAUGGUGGAAUGGUGGACUAAAGUCCAUGAGCUGCUGAUCGAGCAGAGGAUCAGGAAGGACAUGCUGGCCCGGGCGGUGAAGGAGUCCAGAACCAUGCUCAGGGACGGCUACAAAGCGUUUUUCGACGGACUCUACGAGAGCCGCGUCCCUCUGCUGAUCUUCUCGGCCGGCGUGGGCGACGUGCUGGAGGAGGUGAUCCGCCAGAACCACGUCUUCCACGCCAACGUCCACGUCAUCUCCAACUACAUGGACUUCGACCACACCGGCGUCCUGAGAGCCUUCAAAGGUCAGCUGAUCCACACCUUCAACAAACGAGAGGGCGCCGUGACCCAGGCGGCCGCCCUCUCUCAGCUGCAGGGCCGGCCCAACGUGCUGCUGCUGGGAGACUCUCUGGGAGACCUGACCAUGGCCGACGGCGUGUCGGACCCUCGCCACGUCCUGACCGUCGGCUUCCUCAACGACCAGGUGGAGGAGAGGAAGGAGUCGUACGUGAACGCCUUCGACGUCGUGCUGGUGAGGGACGAAACCAUGGACGUUCCCAACGCCAUCCUCAGGAACGUCAUCUCAUCGGGAGACAGGAAGUGACGGCGUUUAUGGAGAAUCUCACCGUUUACCUCAAAGCGAACCUCGCUUCACUCUGACGGCAGCAGACUUUUAAAUGCAGCUCUGUGUUUCACUUUUUACUUUUAUUUUAAAGAAAACGUGAAACUUCGGCUCAUUUAACCGCCAGUAUUUAAGCUUUUAAUGUUUUUUAGGACAAGAAAUCAGAGAAAUGUCGAAGAAAACUCCAACAUUUAUGAUGUUUAACCCCUUAAUGCCAUGAAAAAAGAUUUUAACUUGAAGUAAAUGCUACAUUUAGGUCAUUUUAGAGCUAAUUUUUGAGACAACUGGCAUUAAGGGGUUAAAGACAGAUAACUAGACGUAUUUUUACCUUUUUAGUCAAAUGUUUACCUAUAAUUUAGAUGUUCAGAAUUAUGUCUUAAAAUGCUGCUAAUAUUAUUUUGCAGCAGACUUUUAUUUUGAAAGACAAAUCUACAAUACGGUUUAAAAAAAAUGUAAAUGUUGAUUCGUAAAGUGUUUUUUUUCCCUCUUCCUGCACAAAAGAAGAAACUAUUUUACCAGAAUUGCACCAAAAAAUAUAUUAUUUUGCUUCAAAUGCAAAAGAAAACACAAUUCUUGUCCAACUUUACAACCUAAUUUAAAAAAAAUAGUAAAAGUUUCUACAGACUCACAGAAAGAUCUGUAAACUUUUUACAGGUUUCUACAUAAAAUGUCUGCAUGUUUUUCCUCUCACAAAUGCAGAAACCGUCUUUUUAACAAACAUUUUAAUGAAUGUGACGUUCAGGGUCAAAUGAAGGUGCUUGUUUACCAAAUGUACAUCUUUUAAACUCCUUUUUUUCUUUUAUGGAUUCACAAGAUGUGGACCGCAGGACAAUAAAGUGGAUGGAGGAGA